AUGUCAUGGAGAUCUCUAAUGAAUGGAAACCAAAAAGGUCGUGAUAUUUCUGGUGGGAAGGAAAAAGUGGCGGUUCUUAUAUUUAACGAUAUAGACAGUGAUAUAAUUGGACCAACUUUCUAUCCUACAUCACUAGUGCUUUAUUUCCUCGUACUGUUAGUUUUACAGUUGGCUGUGACUGUGUCCGUGGCUGUAAUGAUAAUUGUGUAUGUGCUUAAUGGAGGUGAUUUUGCAUACGAUAAUCAGGGACAUCUGGUGACAGGAAAGCUUGUAGUAGUUGAAUGCGGUCCUAGUUGUCGCUGUCAUCCAAGUUGCAGAAAUUGCGUAUCUCAAAAAGGAUUGAGAUACAUGUUUAAUGUUUUCAGGUCUAUUGAAACGAGCUGGGGUGCUAGAUCACUGGAUCUGAUUCAAGCUGGGUCUUUUACAUGCGAAUAUGCUGGAAUCGUUCUCACAAAGAGGCAAUCCCAGAUAUUCUCAAUGAAUGGAUGA